UUUUAGUUUGUCAAUUUUUCAAGUUUUCGAGCCUGGCAAUUUUCAAAUUUCAAAAUUCUCAAAUUCUUUAACUUGCAAGUUUCUGAACUUUCAAAUGUGGCAGUCCACUUUCAACUUUUCAAUCUUAUUAAUUUCCCAACUUGUUAAUUUUUAAAUUUCUAAAAUUGAAUGUAUAUAAAAUUAAAUAAUUUUAGAUUUCCAUUGAUGUAUCACGAUAAAGUAGAUAGUACCACUAGUCCCCACAAAGAUUACUCCUCAGCAACAUUCCUGUUAUCACAUACUCCUGUACACCCCCUAUUAUCACGUACACCCCCUAAGCCCAUCACAUCACCCACCUUGCAAAUAUCCCUUCCGAGUGUAAAAGAAUCUGUGUGUUACUUGCAGUAUAACAAAAUCUCUCUAUAUGCGAGCCUCUUUAUUUUGUUUAAAAAAGAAACCUAAUUUCAGCAAACUUUUCUUGAUGAAGCGACGAAUUGAUUUCGCUUUGUAGCGAUUGCACUAGCCUGAUUAGAUAUUAUUCCACAGGAAAUAAUGUAACGAUCGGGUUGAAAAAGGGUGGAUGAAAAGGGAGCGGGGUUUUGAAGGGUCCAAUGAACAAUAAAUAUGGUAAAUACGCUUGCCGAACAACGUACAUAUUUGUAUAAGUCGAGCGACGUCGGGCAGACAGCCUUCAAACGACGAGAUUCUCUAUGGUGAAUCUACUAUCUGUGUAACUAUACGAUUCUAUGGUAGUUUUCGGCGACACUGUUCACCGCGAUUCGAUCGGGUGUCACAGUUUCGCAGGAAAAUACUUUAGAACGUCAUAGCGGUCCGCAUUAUAUACAUACAUCCUGUACAUUCCUUUUUUCAAAUUAUUUUUAUUUGAUUGCAUUGCAACUUCAACGGUUUCCAAAGUCGUUUGGAGGUUUCAUUGACAAACACUCCAACAUACUUUGCGAUCUUUCUCCUCAACUUUUUUAACGAAUCAGUUCGAACAUCCUCGAAGAUUUCGUGACACAGUUGUUUUUUUAACGAUACUAUUCGGUAUCGUUUUACGAGGAAUCAAGCUUCUUUACGUACGCAAAUUGUUGCUUGCUUCGUAUUGUACAUUUUUUCGUACACGUAAGAUACUAUAUAUUUACUUAACGCUUUUCUCAACCGAUCAAGUAUCUGUUCUUGAGUAUACAUACAUAUCAUUUUUACACGUAUUGUAUUUUUUCUACGCUUUCGUAACGUGAGAGCUUUUGGUAUUUAUCCUUUUUUUCGUAGUGAUUGUUGCUUUAUAAACGCUGACGAUAUACGAACUUUCGAGUCGUUCGCUUGUGAUCGAUUUCGAUUUUGCUUCGAUUCGUUCUCUGAUCGAUCUACGUGGUUCUUCUUAUCGAUAUAAGACUUAAUCUGGUUCAAUUACUAGAUUAAAUUUCUUUAAAAGAAUUUUAUUAAUUCAGGAUCAGGUGGAAAGUAAGUUUCUUUCGUUAUAUCGCAGUUUUAGGUCACAUGUCCGGAGCAGUUUUAUGGUAACAAUCUUUCAGCGAUUUAUGGAGAUUCGAAGAAAUUUGUGUGACUAGGGAGAUCAAGUUGUAUACUGGUGAACAUGGCUUCCUUAGGAGAAAUGGAAUCGUAGGGGAACAAACACCACCACUCGUUCAAUUUUCAUUGAUAAAAUAUAUCUAGGAUUUGUGUGUUUAGAAUUUAGAAAAAUUGACAAUUUUAAGGAACUUGAGAAAAAUUGGAAACUUUCUGAAUGGACUGUAACAUGUGUAUUCUCAGACAUAAGAUAUUUAAGCAAAUACAAUUUGGAUAUUCACAAUGUUUUAUCUUCAAACUCAGAAUCGAGUGGUCCCUACACUAAUCCUUAUCCAUAGGAAGCCAAGUUGCAGCCAAGUGUAAACUUUCAGUCCUACUCGAUGUGUACUAUCUCGCUCUCCAAACUACUCGUAUCUAUCUCUUAUACUCGAAAGGUUAAUCAAGUUUCAAACCUUGUUUCAAGGUACUCCACUUCGUCACUGCCACGUCCGUUUCUUGUAUCGCACUCCUGGAUCAUACAGAGCAAACGUUGUAUACGUAGAACAAUUAUCUAGAAAAGUAACCAAAGUUCCUCGAAAGAGGCGAAACUUAGUAUAGUUUUGAAGGAAUUAGUUGGAAAGUCGCACUGGUUAGGUGGUUGAUCCUAGCGUUGAUUUCGUUAUGACCGGUUGCUCCCGUCGCUUUUCCAGGUGAUAGCUGUGAUAUCAAUACUCUUUAUUGUGCUUUCGACGAUCGCACUAACUCUCAACACCAUUCCUAGUAUGCAAGUGAAUGAUGAGAAGGGGAACUUUCAAGACAAUCCGCAGCUCGCGAUGGUGGAGGCUGUGUGCAUCACCUGGUUUACCCUCGAGUACGUGCUUAGGUUCAGUGCGUCGCCGGACAAAUGGAAGUUCUUCAAGGGCGGUCUAAACGUGAUCGACCUGUUGGCAAUACUGCCAUACUACGUAUCUCUGUUCCUGGUCGAGACGAACAAGAACGCGACCGACCAGUUCCAGGACGUGCGCAGGGUAGUGCAAAUCUUUCGUAUAAUGCGGAUCCUGAGGAUCCUGAAGCUGGCCCGCCACUCGACCGGGCUGCAGAGCCUCGGCUUCACAUUACGUAAUUCGUAUAAGGAGCUGGGCCUGCUGAUGCUCUUCCUGGCGAUGGGCGUCCUCAUAUUCUCGAGUCUCGCUUACUUCGCUGAAAAGGAGGAGCCCGGGACCAAAUUCGUAAGCAUUCCUGAAACAUUCUGGUGGGCGGGCAUCACGAUGACCACCGUCGGAUACGGCGACAUCUACCCCACGACCCCGCUCGGCAAGGUGAUCGGCAGUGUGUGUUGUAUAUGUGGUGUCCUGGUAAUCGCGUUGCCCAUUCCCAUUAUCGUUAACAACUUUGCCGAGUUCUACAAGAACCAGAUGAGACGCGAGAAAGCCCUUAAGAGGCGGGAGGCCCUAGAGAGGGCAAAACGGGAGGGCAGCAUCGUGUCCUUCCAUCACAUUAAUCUGAGGGACGCCUUCGCCAAAAGCAUGGAUCUCAUCGAUGUCAUCGUCGAUACUGCUAAGAAACCAGCCUACCACGCCGGACCGAUUCAGGACUCCGCAUCAUUAAAAGGUCACAAUAUGUCCGGCGUGGAUGGUAACAGCACCGAGGGAGAAUCCGCUUGCGGACGUGGUCCUGCCCAAACCGGGCCAGGCUGUUAUCGUAACUAUGAGCAUUACAGUCUCUCACGACAUCGUCGCAGUACCUCGUCCUGCUUCCCAAAUUUGCCUAACGAUCUACCCACUACACCGGACAGUCCCAAUCGUCGACUAUUGGACUUCGCUCAAAGCGUGCCUGGAACACAGAACGAUGAAUAUUUCCAAGACGAUGUACCGGCCCAGCACGUGAACCAAGGCAAUACCACACCUAGCGAUGAAGAGAAAAAAGACAGCAGAAAAUUCGAGAAAAAUGAUGAAAUACCUAGCGAAUUCGAGUGUUGCUUUUGUACUACGAAGGAAUACAAAGACUUCAGAGACGCGGAAAAUAUAAUGCCACUGGCGACCAGCGACUUUCGUAAUCCCAUCUGCCAGGAGAUGAAGUCGAUGAAAUCCGGGAUGUCUGCGGAGCCGCCUGUGCAGACCAUUUUCAGCGAGACCAAGGUGUCUCCUCCUCAAGCGGUGGAUGCCUCCAACUAUGGGAAAAUAUACAACGAGCAGGGAAGCGUAGACAGCUCUGAUACGUAUGCCAGCUGUCAGACACAUCCGUCUCAUUCGCAGGGUGAUUUAACGGAGGAGGUGGACAGCAAUCUAUACGUAAACCCUCUGGAAGCUGCCGAGAAGUGUGGAAAUAGCAGGGUAAAGAAAUCCGCUUCAGGUGAUGUCGGGCGUAACGCCGCUGACGCUUCGCCAAGCGUUGAAUCUUUAAAAGAUGUUCGCCCUUCGAACGACGGUAGCAAGGUUACCUUGAAUGACACAGUACCCAAGCACAGGAAAAUUCGUAUUCAACAGAGCGUAAGGCCGCGUGCACAGUUCAUCAGCGACCAGGAAAGCGCGAUGACUCGUAAUAUAAUGAAGGAGGGCAUAGCGGAGAACAAUUACUAUGGAGGACUCCGGGGAGGUAGACCAUUUGCUACGACGAACAGUAGUCUGGUAUCAGCUACUAAAAUUCUGAACCAUCAUCUCUUCGGAACUGGCACUGGUCCCAGACAUUAUACAGGUCAUCGAAGGCAAAUUUCAGGAACAAGCACCGAAAGCAAGCUUUCCUUGUCCGCUGAUUCGAUAGACAGCGAGGGUAUGUCUUUCAUAGACAAAAAAGUAUCGAAAUCGAUCCUGAAGAAGUCUGAGAGCAGCAAUAAUUAUUAUAACAACGCCGACGAUUCGGACACGGAGAAAUUGAUUACCGAUAACGCGUCAACGAUAACCAUGUGCGACAACGAGACCAGCACCUGCGACAUUUUUGCCAACGUCAAUGGAACGAGGCUGAAACAACCUGUUUCACCCUUGCUCUCGAAACAAGUACUCGAGUCGAUCUUUCGUACGAACAACAACGUCGACAAGGAGAAUGAAGUGGAUCAGAGCGAAGAAAAGAACCGUGCCUCGAAGAUGAGCAGAUCGAUAUUCGACGACGUCCUCCAAGAAGAAAAGCACGCACAAGACGAGGCAAUGUCAGAGAACAAGAACAAAGAAGAGAGAAAAAGAUCGAAAACAAGAUCAGAAGAGGCAUCGAAGGACAACCAAACGAUGCUGAUAUGUUCAUUACGCCCGCACAAAGCGAAGAAAUUAAGCUGCGAUGAAAAACGAAAAGCCAAAGCGACCGGCCACAGCUGCACAACCACCACCGACACCAAUUGUCUUCCUCAGGAACACCGUUUCUCGUCGUAGCGUAGCCUCUUUUAUUCCCUUCGUGCUGGCAUCCACUUUCUAUGUCGCAUACAUGUAGAUACGAAGAUACAAUCGCAUCGCGGUGUUAUCUUCUCUUUUAUAAAACGCCAUUUUGUUGUCUCUACAUAAUAUGUCCAACGGACUCAUAUGUCUGUAUUCGAAUGCAAUGUUUAUCGGUUAAGUAUAUUCUGUAUAUAUAAGAGACGCAUAUACAUUUAAGACAGUGAUAUAUAGACGUUAAAUGAUUAAAUUUAAUGAAAAAUGAUACGCGACGUGAAGAAAUACGUAUUUUCGGAAAGAAACUAGAAUUACAAAACGCCUAUAACUACACGUACUUAAGUACAGUGUUCAUGAAAGGAACAAAUCGAACUAUAAUAAGGAAAAUAUGUCGAAUAAAAAGUGAUGAAAAUUAUUGAGGGAACCUGUAACUUCCAAAAAAUAUAUCUAAUAUGAUGAUUAUUCAGAAUAAGGUACAUCUCAUGAAAUUAAUUUUCUGAUAACUAGAUUGUGUUCUUUAUAAAGUGUUAUCCCCUAAUUACAAACAAUAGAAUUUAGGAAUUUGAAGAGAUAACAUUCCUUCCGUAUCCUGCAUAAUUGUCAAGUUACUUUUCCUUUUAUUUUAUUAUCAAUUCAUGAAGUCAGUUAUAGGUUCCCAUUAAGAACCCAAAGAAUGAUGCUAGUAAAAAGUUACAAAUAUAGCAAGUGAUAAUAAUGAUGAAGCUAAUAACGACGAUGGUCUGAUGAUGACGCCGAUAUCGAUGAUGUUGAUAAUAAUAAUAAUAGCAAUUAAUGAAUCUUUAGGCAAUAUGCUUUACUCGUUUGCUGAGAAAGAGAACUCUUCGUAAUAUAAAUUAUAAAUAAUCUAGCCGUACAGCACUGUUACUUCCUCUUUACGCCUAAUCUUGUCAAAUUAGGACAGCUUUGCGUGUCGCGAGAAAUAUAUUACAUACAUUACAUAAAUGGCACAGUAAAUGAAACACGCGUUCAGUUUAUAUAUGAACAAACAUCGUACUCGAGAAACAAAGCGUUUAUAAAUUUAAUCACAUUCUAGUACUUCGGUAUGUGUUAUUCAAAAUGACACGAGUGUUCGUUCGUCUGCUAAUUGUAAGUGUUUUACUAUACAAUUAGACGAUAUCGUUGUAAUAUUAGAUUAUCAGACACGCGAAGCGAAGAAAGCCUCGUUUAAAUCAAAAUACAAUUUGGAUCAAUGAUAUUUGAUAUUUGGAGCAACGUGAAAACGUAGAUAAUUUAAACUCGACGAUAACUGCCCAUUUUUCAAGUUCCGGUUUUUAAGAAUAAUGAUUAAUUCAUAAUCUAUUUUUGUAAAAUUGAUCGAGCAGAUUUCCUUCAUUUUUGUUGGGCCCGAAAUGAAAUUUCUGUAAGUUUGCUCUUAAUUAAGUGACACGGAACAUUAAUUUUUAAGGGAGUCGUAUCUACGUGAUCACGUUUCUCCAUGUAUAAAAUAUAUAAAUACUUUAUAAUGCAAAUAUCAGAGUGGAUCAGAUUUUUAGAAGCCGAGGAUAUUUACAUGCACAACCGUAUGUGAAUUCUGUUCAGUCGUUUUUAAGAGUUGAAGCGUAUUUCGCGGAUGUUUAGAUAUUAAGAGAAAAACGUGUUAACAUGCUCACGUAGACUAGAAACAAAGCGUAAAUAUCAUCCGUAUUACAUUCAGGUAACGACGUCUAGCCACGGUAUUCAUCAUGUUUUCCAAUCAAAUUUUACAGCAAUGUUUUAACUAUAAAAAUAUUGGAAUCAAUUAACUUCGCCGAAAAAGAUUUGCUAAAAAACAAGUUAUAACGCGUGUACCUUAUAAAUAUAAUUACAAUGCGUGCUCAAAAAUUCGGUCAUCUCCUUUUUUUUCUUACUCUAAACGGUGAUUCGUUUUCUAAUUUUAGAAGGGAGAGAUGAACACUUAACCUCCCUUAAAUCUCAUUGUAAUUUAUAUAGUUGAAUAACAGAGAUGUUUUGUUACGUUUUUAGAUGAACCGUCAGUAAAAUACAUAUCUGUAAUGGCAUUUCUAUUCAUUGUUAUCGUAGUUGUAGGAAAACGAGUAAUUGUACAGUUGCUGAGUAAAGAGAAAGAAUGGUGGAUAUUCCCAGAUGAUGCAACUGUUUGAGAGUCAUUGUUAUGCUGAAGUUCAUGCCUCGAAUAAUUUAUAAUAUUUUAUAAUUAUUUUCGACGUGAACAAAUGUGGAAAAAUUAUAUUCAAGAUGUAACAGAGAAUGCAAAAACUACUUGAAACGUAUUAAUACUGUAAAACUUUGUGUUUAUUUAAUAGCAAUGAAGAAUGUUUAUACAAUGAAUACUUUAUUUAAAACAAAUAAUUAUUGUUAAUGGAUAUUCAUGCAUAUUGAUCUAGUCAACGAAAUAUUAUUUUUUAUUAUUGUUGAACAUAUUAAUAUCGUUGUUUUGUUUCAAUCUAAUCUAUAAUACUUUUCUCAUAAAUAAGAAUUUCUUGUACAUAUAACAUAUAUUAAUUAUUUUACAUUGUUACCAUGUUAUACUGUUCAUGGUCUAUUAUGGCCACCAUUAUCAUUUAGCUUUAUAAAAUUGUUCACCUCUCUAUAUGCUAUCAUUUUUUAAUACUUGUUAUUUGAAGGUGGAUCUUGAUACCUGAUAGUUGCUUGGAAUUUCUAAGUAAAUCAAUGUCUUCUAUAAACUAACAAAGUUGGAAGUAGAAAGUUCCUAGGAAAAUAUGCAGAACGUGAUUUAUUAUUUAUUGUUGUAGUGAUAUAUUAGCAGAAUUAGCAUUGAGAUAGUACAAAGAAAGCCAUUGCAUAGACAUUUGUGGUAUUGAAUGAGUUCAUCGGUUCACAAGGGUAGCAGUGAAAAAUUUAAAUGAUUGUACAGUUUAUAAUGUUUAUUAGAAGAGUAUUGAAAAAAGACAUGUUUUCCUGUUAACUCAUUGAUUUAAUGAUAUAAGUCUGAGAAUUAAAUAACUUUUUACUCGUUUUUUAAUUGUUUUAUUAAAUAAUUCAAGAAUUAUAAAUAACAUUUAGUUAAUAUAUGUUUUAAUGUCUUUCUAAUUAAACAACAAUUUUCAUAUACAUCUUCAAAUGUAUGAUCUGAUAGAGUCAGUAACUUAGAAAUAAUUAAAAUUAUUAAAUUUUUGGUAUACAUAAUUCAUUUUUAAUUAUAUAUCAUACUUAUACGAAAGAUUGUUACACAGAUUAUUUAAUUAAAUUUAGUCAUCUGUUACAUACAUAUUUUGUUUCUACAUCUUUAAGGCCUACAGUUGUAGUCAUAAGCCGAGUAAUAUGUAAAAAUAAAUAAAGUUGUAACUUGUCAGUUUUUGUUCCUUA